AUGGAGAUAGGUUUGGUUGAUAAAGCAAGAGAAAGAGUUGGUUAUGUGAAAAGGGCCAUUGCUAAGCAAAGGAACAAACCUUAUUGUAGAGUUAAGAGACAUGUUCCAAAGUCACUUCAGCAGCUAUUUCAUUCAUGCAAACAAACAUUCAAAGGCCCUGAAACUGUUCCUGUAACACAAGAUGUUCACCAACUUUGUCACAUACUAGAUAAUAUGAAGCCAGAGGAUGUUGGACUUAGCAGAGAUCUGCAGUUUUUCAAACCUGGAAAUAUUAUUAAAGAGAAUCAAAGGGUCGCAUACACCACUGUCUACAAAUGUGCCAAUUUCUCUGUGUGUAUCUUUUUCCUACCGGAAAGAGGAGUCAUUCCGCUCCAUAACCACCCUGGCAUGACUGUUUUCAGCAAGCUUCUGUUAGGACAAAUGCACAUUAAGUCUUACGAUUGGGUUGAUCCAGAGGCCUCUCACACCUCCAAAUUGAGAUUGGCAAAGUUAAAAGCAAACAAAGUGUUCACAUCACCAUGUGAUACCUCGGUAUUGUAUCCAACAACAGGAGGCAACAUUCAUGAGUUCACAGCUAUAACUCCAUGUGCUGUUCUUGAUGUCAUUGGUCCACCUUACUCCAAAGAAGAUGACAGAGACUGUUCAUAUUACAAAGAUUUCCCAAAUGAAGAAGAGAUUGGUGAGGUGAAAGAUGAAAAGGAUAGCUAUGCAUUGUUAGAAGAAAUUGAAAUGCCAGAAAAUUGUCAAAUGGAUGGAAUUGAAUAUUUGGGACCUCCUAUUGAUGAAACAGUUUUUUAG